GCCCAUGUUAUAAACGAGGGAGUCGCUAACUCUCCAGUCACCAGUCGCCACUCAUCGAAGCAAACUCCAUCGGAAGGGGCGAGAGCAGCGGUGCCGUCGGGGGAAUCUGGUGGCGAUGGCGGGGCAAUCUCGGAAGUGGAUGAUUCUGGUGGCUACAAUAUGGAUUCAGGCGUUCACCGGCACGAAUUUCGAUUUCUCGGAGUACUCUUCGUUGCUGAAGUCCACCCUCGGCAUCUCUCAGGUUCAAUUGAAUUAUCUCGCCACCGCGAACGACAUGGGGAAAUUGUUCGGAUGGUCGUCAGGGUUGGCUCUCGCCCAUUUGCCGUUGUGGAUUGUGAUGUUCAUAGCGGCGUUCAUGGGCUUCGUCGGCUACGGCCUCCAAUGGCUCCUCAUCAAGAACAUCAUCUCUUUGCCUUAUUUCGUGGUCUUUCUUCUCUGCUUGUUGGCUGGCUGUAGCAUCUGUUGGUUCAACACAGUAUGCUUUGUUCUGUGCAUCAGGAAUUUCCCCGUCAAUAAACCCCUUGCACUGUCACUUACAGUGGCCUUCAAUGGUGUAAGUGCAGCACUCUACACCCUUGCUGCCAAUUCAGUAAACCCAUCUUCAGAUUCAGUGUAUCUCCUUCUGAAUGCUCUCGUUCCCCUUGUCACUUCAAUUGCAGCACUCAUUCCAAUCCUUCGCCAACCAGCCUUAGAACCUCUACCUCCUGAUGCAGUUCAUAGGGACUCAUUCAUUUUCCUAAUACUAAACGUCUCAGCCAUAUUCACCGGAAUUUAUCUCCUUAUCUUCGGUUCAUCUACCUCUGAUGAAGCAAUAGCUCGCUACUUCUUCUGCGGUGCUCUUUUCCUCCUUGUCUUCCCAUUAUGCAUUCCUGGCAUUAUCUAUGCUCGACAAUGGUUUCAUCGUACCAUCCAUUCUAGCUUUCGGAUGGAAGGCUCACGCUUCAUUCUUGUACAUGUGGAUGAUCUUGAGCUUCACAAGGAACUCCUUUCCCGACAGAAUAGUGCUAUUAGCAAUGGAGAUUCUCUCGGCUUGCUGAGUGACAACAGUAACGGGUCCAUAUACCAAAGUCAGAAGGCAAAAGUUAGUGAUCCCUGUUGUGAGCAUUUGAUUGAGAAGGAUCAGUUGGUAAUGCUGGGAGAAGAGCACCCAGCUUCGGUGUUGGUUCGUAGGUUGGAUUUUUGGCUCUACUAUGUUGCUUACUUCUGUGGAGGCACAAUUGGUCUGGUCUACAGCAAUAAUCUCGGACAGAUUGCCCAAUCUCUAGGCCUGAGUUCAAGUACUUCUACCCUUGUCACACUCUAUUCUUCCUUCUCCUUUUUCGGCCGCUUGCUUUCAGCGGGACCAGACUAUAUCCGCAAGAAAUUCUACUUUGCAAGGACAGGAUGGUUAGCCAUUGCUCUUAUCCCAACCCCAGUUGCUUUCUUCUUGCUUGCUUCAUCGGGAAGUUCUCUGGCGCUUCAUGCAGGCACUGCUUUAAUUGGGUGGAGCUCUGGGUUUAUAUUUGCUGCUGCUGUAUGUAUUACAUCCGAGCUUUUUGGACCUGACAGUGUAGGAGUUAAUCACAACGUUCUCAUUACAAAUAUCCCAAUCGGGUCCCUUCUCUAUGGCUUGCUAGCUGCGGAGGUUUAUGAUGCCAAUGCACAGACUUCGAUGGUUGGAGUAGGAAGCUUAGCAAUGUCUGAUUCAGUAGUGUGCAUGGGAAGGCAGUGCUACUUCUGGACAUUUAUCACUUGGGCAUGCUUAUCAAUCCUUGGUGUAGCUUCUAGUGUGCUAUUAUUUCGAAGAACCAAACAUGCUUAUGAAGCUUUUGAGAGGCACCGUAUUUCAACCCAAACGAUAGCAUCCUGAUUUCUGGCCCUGAAGAAACAUCAAAGGGCAUGGGGUGACUUUUGUAUCCAUGAUUUUGGAUGCAGAGACUCAAGCAAGCGGGGAUGAGUCUCGAUGGACGAUCACAUUAUGCAAUUUAGCAUUAUAUUGUAGUCAGGGGAUCUAGAUUUGGUAUGCAGAAAAGGAUGAUGGUUCAGUUAAACCUCCUCGCCAUCUUCCAGAAAGUUUAGACAGCAUACUGAAAUAGGAUUUGAAGCUUUGAAUGCGUGAAGCUUGAGGAAACCGUCAAUGAAGCAGAAUUAAAUCUGGAGCUUCAAAAAAGAAGGAAGGGUAUUGUCGUCUUUGAAUGAUGUUUUAUGCUAGCCUGAUAGUUGAGAUGUUGAAGCUGUGGAAGCGCUUUGGCCAGUUUUGCAGUAUGUUUGAUCCUAAUACAAUUGCAAUGUGCUUCAAGAUAUGCUUUGGUUAAGUAGCUAACUCUCAAAAACAAAGUCGAUAACUUCCAUACUUUGCUAUUACUACAGGAACUCUGCUAUGUCUUACUGUUUCUUUCUGGCUUUGCUUGUUAGACGGGUUCAAGUAAGUAAAAUGCAUGCUGCCGCAUAUUAAUUAUGAAAGCGGCGCAAAAUUAGUUUAAUAAUAUCACUCUUUAGAACA